CUCUGUGGAAAGGGAGGGGGGAUGCAUGGUAUCAGCUCUCUGGGUAUCAGUGUGGGCAACACUGUUAAUUUGUAUCUCUUGUCAGUAGUCUUCACAAAAACAGGAUAAUUACGUACGCGACUUACAUUUUGCACCGGUGACUAUGCGUCAAGGAGGAAGUGACAAGAGCGUGAGAUUUUUGCGUUGUGCAGUACUGAUUGUGAUUGUCAGAAGGAAACAUUGGUGAUUCCAUAGCUUUGAACAACUUUGAUGCAAAUGCAACAUAAAGUAUAAACUUUAAAACCUUUGUGCAAUCGACCUUCUGAAAAUUAACUCACUUGAAGCAUGACAGUCGAUUAGUGUCAUUGAAAUUCUGGUGCUAAUUGACAGUGUUUUUAUGUGCUCCUUGAACCAUGUAAUAUUUUACAUUCUGUGGAUGUAAUGUUUAUGUAUAAAAAACAACAAAUAAUGAAAGCAUCUCUUGUUAGAGAGAAGUAACUGUUAGUUUCCCAAAUGAUACACUUUUGGCAGGCACACCCUUUUAGAGUUGCUGCUUAUUAGGUCUUAAGAAACAACUGUUCAUAAGUCUGGCCUUUCUGGGGGAAAAAACUUGGAAGUAUUUACCUUAUGUUUUUUAAAUGCAUUUCAACCCCUUUUUAUAAUUGGUUGUUAACUUUAUCUUAAAUAAGGUAAAUGUACUUUCUUUUCUGUAUUCUUGAUGGAUUUGAGAACAAUGUUUUGCAUCUGAAAUUUCCUGAUACCGUUUUAUAGUGUUCAUAAACAUUGAAUUAUCAAUUGAAACACAAUUCAAACACAUUCUCUCUCUUUCUCCCAUUUUUAAAAUUUUGAUGCAUUGAUUAUUUUUCACUAAUGAUUUAACUGGAAAUUACCCCAAAAUAUUUGAAUAAGGGAUCAAAUCCAUUAUUUUUCUUGCAUUAAUUCCUGCUCAAAAACAAUGUCAAAUCAUCAAAUCACUGAUUCUCCUGCACAACAAGAAUCUGUCAAAGCAACAAAAAGAACUAUCAGAGACCAUCAUCAGUUACAACAAACAAAAGUAUAUAAAAUAAUAGUUAUAGGCGAUUCAAAUGUCGGAAAAACCUGCCUUACUUAUAGAUUUUGUGCAGGGAAGUUUUUAGAUAAAUCUGAAGCAACAAUUGGUGUUGAUUUCAGAGAAAGAACUGUUGACAUUAAUGGGGAAGAAAUUAAACUUCAGUUAUGGGAUACUGCUGGACAAGAGCGAUUUCGGAAAUCUAUGGUUCAGCAUUACUAUCGGAAUGUACAUGCUGUAGUAGUUGUAUAUGAUGUGACAAAAAUGGCAUCAUUUCUGAGUCUACCCCAGUGGAUGGAGGAAUGUGAAAAAAACAAUUUGACACGAGAUAUUCCUCGGAUCUUAGUAGGCAAUAAGUGUGACUGUAAAGAUGUACAAGUGAAAACCAAUUCAGCACAGCGUUUUGCCGAUCUUCACAAUAUGCCAUUAUUUGAAACUUCAGCUCGAGAUGACCAGGAGUGUGAUCAUGUGGAGGCAAUUUUCCUCACAUUAGCUCAUAAGCUGAAGAAUCAACGGCCCAUGAUGCCUCCACAGCCAGUGCCAGCAUCCAGUUUGCAUAGAGCUGAUGUGAUCUCCAUUACACGUGAAACACCUUCAAAUGGUGCUGAUGCCGGGGAAAGUUGUAUUUGCUGAGUGAAAUACAUAUUUUGCUUUCUUGAAAUCAUGAAAAGGGUGGGGACUUUUAGCUUUAGUAUAUUUCAACACUGGUGAUAGUACUAGCUUGGAAGAUGUUUACAAGUUGCUCUUCCAUUGAAAGAACAUUGGAUCCGUGAUAGAAUUGUAUACUGUAAUUGAUGGAAAGGAAGCUGUAAUUUUUAAGUUAAUGAAAUAUCCAUCCGAAAAGACUAUAUUAAACAUUUCUGAUCACUGCCAUGAGGAGUUUCAUGUUGCUCUCAUAUAUUUGUUUGGUCCAUCAUUAAUCUAUUUUUUUAUGAAUACCGUGUUUUGGAGAAUAUAUUCAAAAACUUCUGAGUCACUGACUUUUCCCUGAUAUCUCUACACAGUGUUUCAGUACCAAGAUAAAUUUUUUUUUUUAACUAUUUCGUGAGAUUGCAAUUUAUCUUCAGCACGUCUCCACUAUAUUACUCAUUAAAUUUAAUAAUGAAAUUUAACCAUUCAUAAUUUGUUCCAAAGACAAAAAAGUAACACAACCAGUAUAUCAUAAAAACAAUAAUUAUUAGACCUCGGAAGUUCAGGUGUUUAUUUUACGUAAAAUGUCAGGCAAAAGGGCAUCUAUUUUUACUAAAAAUAGGCAUGUAAUCAAUGAAAAAUCACCUUUUAAAAAGGAAUUUUUGUAAAAAAAAAACCAAACAAAACAACUUUAUCAUUUAAAUGAUAGUGCAAUUGUGGACUAUCGUUUGAAUCCUGGAAAGGUAUCAGUGAAAACACAUGUAUUGUUUUCAUUCUUCGCACUUGGGAAAUCACUAGUGCUAAGAAGGGCUGUAUUGUAUAUCAUGUUAAGAAAGUUCUGCCCUUCAAAGGGAUCGGAAGCAAAUCUCAAAGAGGUAGAAUGGGGUUCCUCAUGAGUGAGCACAGCCUAUUUGCAUCAAUAAAAGAGUUAGAAAAAUCUUUUCUGAUACUCUCUUCCUUUCUCAUUUAUAUUUUUAAUGCUUUCUGACCCUGGGAUCUCUGCUUGCAGAGAAAGACAAAAUGUGCCUUUUUGUUUGUUCAGGCUUACAAGUAUGUAUUGGAUGCUUAUACAGCUGAAAAAGGACUAAAUGAAAAUCUAAAACUAUUCCAGAUGUGCAGUUAAAUAACUCCUAUUGUUAAAAGACUUAAAAUCUUUAUAAUUAGAAAAAUAAUUUUUCCGAACUUCCGGGCUUUAAUAAGUCAUCACACAACUGUGUUUCAGAAUAAGAUCAUGGAAAAUUGACAAAAUUACAGUGUUGGAGAAGUGAAAGAAAACUACACUUUUAAAAGCAAAUCUUUAUCGUUUUGAUUAUUACAAUCCCAUUUCAACUAUGGAGAUAAUUUCACUUUCCUGUUGACUGCCAGACAAUUAAGUUGAACAUCUCAACUCAGAGGAAAAGAGAAAUUAAACAUUCAAAUGCUUCUCAUUGGAAAAUUUUAUUCUCCUAACAAAUAGUAUUGAUAUAUUUCACUCAUUUGUAUCUGCUACAAUGGAAACUGUCACAAAUUGAAUUAAAAAAUAUAGAGAUUAGGAAAUAUAAGAAAAAUGAAUGUUAAUAAAUGAAUAACUAAGUGUCUACAUUCCACAUUCUUCAAUUUUGUAUUUUAAGAAACUUGCAACAAGGAAAUCCUUUAUGAAGUUAUUGCAAUAUCCCAGGCAGUAGUCAGUUGUGUAGUCAUAAAAUAUUUAGUUUGAAAGCAGUUAAUUUUGAGCAAUAAAUGCAUAUCUGUUGUCUGGAUGGUAAUUCAUUUUGCUUAAUCCUUCUACAUAUCAAAUCAACCUUUCCUCCCUCAAAGCCAGGCAACAAAACAAACAGAUAACAAAAAAAAAGCUAUUGCAUAUGCCCUUGUACAUUCUCAGUAAUUUUUUUGAAAUUACUGAACACUAAUUGGGUGGAGGAAUGUAGAUUAUGUAAUGCUUAGUUCACCAAAUCCAUUUUUCAGAUAGCAUUUUAAUGACAGAGUGACAAACUUGUAAAAGUGUUUUUGAAAAUAUUCCAUUGUCAACUGGUGGAUCUUUGAGUUUUUGUUUAUUAUUUUGAGAAUUUUAAACAUGUCAGAAUUCUCUUCUUUAAAAAAAUAAAAUACUAGUCAUUUCCUCAUGUGUUCGGGUUUGAUUGUGUAUUAUUUGAAAUUACACUCUUUGAAGGUCAUGUUAACCAAUACUGCAUGUGUAACACAGUGAGCUGAUAUUGUUACACACCCAUUUUCAAAUGGCUACAAAAAAUCUCAAUAAUAUCCUCGUAUGCCUGUUUCCAGAAGUUUAAAAUAAAUUCCUGUUUCUUUUUAUU